CUUAAUUAUAUUACCAUCCCUUGCAUGUUUUUUCUCGUAUUUUUCAUUAACCACUCUCCUCCUCUUAUCUCUUUCUUCGCCGCCAUCCCUCCUUCGCCCUCCUCCCGCAUAACCUCUUCUCCUUUCAAUGUCUUCAGCAAGGAGCACUUCCUUCCGCGGUAGCAUUCACGGUAGGGGAAGCUUUCAGCGUUCUCACUCUCGAGCACCACCGAAAUCGCCAUCUACCACUACCCCGCAGUCCAUAUUCAAUGCCGGUGGCGACUUGGAGGCUGAGGUCGAGGUCGAGGGCGGAGGAGGCGGCAAAGGAGGAUCUUCCGCGCUUGAUCACUAAAGCCGAAUUGAAGGGCUUCGUUACACAUGGUUGCUCGGGUUUUACCGGCGGACACAGACAAAGUCAUGAGUAGCAUCUUUAAUUCCCGCGGGUUUUGCCUUCUCCCAUGCCUGUUUUUCAACAACCUACGGUCCUCCCCCAAAUGCCAAACGUUCAACCGGAAGGACACAAUUCAAAUAACUAUGGUGUUAACAGUUUUCUAAACAAUGAAAAUCUGUAAUUAUU